UCAAAGAACAAAACACAACGAACUGACUUUGUGGCCCAGCACUAGAAAGAAAACCAUAAUGGUUCUUCACACAAUUCCAACCACAAAUACACGCUUAGAGGUUGCCCCAGUGGCAAGGGAUAGUGUCAGACUUAGGGAGCAAUUUCCUUGAUCUGGGAUUCGAUUUUUCAUUGGGUAAGUACAUUGGUAUUUAAAUGGGGGGCCGCGGCUCGUAUGCUGUAGCUAGCUCUCCCUAAGGGUUGGGUUGCAUAGUCGAGUCCAUUUAGUGACCUAGAUGUAGAGCUGUUCCUCGGUUACUGAAAAGGAAAAAAAAAAUUCCAACCACAAAUAUUCCCACCUCCCGUUAGCAUAUACCCUUAUCAUUUCUCUCUUCCAAUUUAUAUAGCAGAGCUAGAUCGAACAGGAUUAUGGCAUUUCAAACAUUGGAGUCCGAAUCUACUAAGUCACCCAUGGCCAAAGAUGAUACUAAGCUACACAUAGUUGUGUUCCCAUGGCUAGCUUUUGGCCACAUGAUUCCUUUCCUAGAACUCUCCAAGCUCAUAGCACUGAAGGGUCACAGAGUCACCUUCGUUUCCACUCCCAAAAACAGCGAUUGUCUCCCGAAAUUACCCCCGAACCUAUCAGCUCUCGUUACUUUAGUGAAGAUUCCUUUGCCCCAAGUCGAAAAACUCCCCGAAUACGCCGAGGCCACGAUUGAUUUGCCCUAUGACAAGGUGAAGUACCUCAAAAUGGCCUACGAUCAACUCGAACAGCCCAUCGCUCGACUUCUACGGGACUCUUCUCCCGAUUGGGUUAUUUACGAUUUUGCCUCUUACUGGGUAGGCCCUGCUGCGGCCAAACUUGGCGUUUCAAGCGCAUUUUUCAGUAUCACUAUUGCUGCCACGUUCUGCUUUCUUGGUCCUGCGCAAGGUUUAAUGGGAAUGAGCGGUGACAGUCGCACGAAACCUGAGGACUUCACCGUCCCGCCGAAGUGGGUCCCCUUUGAAUCCACUGUCUCAUUUCGAUUAUUCGAGAUCAAUCGAAUAUUCGAUGACAUCACAGGGGAUGAUGAGAAUAUUCCCGCAACGUAUCGUUUCGGAGCGGCUAUCGACGGCUGCGAUGUGGUGGCAGUCAGAAGCUCUUGCGAGUUUGAGCCUGAGUGGCUACAACUUCUUGAAGAGAUUUAUCAAAAACCGGUUAUUCCAGUGGGCCAACUUCCUCCAAUGCCCCUAGAUCAUGAUUCUGUCGACAACGACAAGGAGUCGAAAACAAUAAAAGAGUGGCUUGACAAGCAGCCUAAAGGGUCGGUGGUCUAUGUUGCGUUUGGGAGCGAGGCAAAGCCGAGUCAAGAUGAACUAACAGAGAUAGCUCUAGGGUUAGAGCUAGCUGGGUCUCCGUUCUUUUGGGCUCUAAGGAAGAAACGUGGCUUAGCUGAUACUGAGGUGGUCGAGUUACCAGACGGGUUUGAGGAGAGAAACAAGGGACAUGGAAUUGUGUGCACGAGCUGGGCACCUCAACUCAAGAUACUAAGUCACGACUCAGUGGGUGGGUUCUUCACUCACUCGGGGUGGACCUCGGUGGUGGAGGCGAUACAGUUCGAGAAGCCUCUGAUUUUACUUGCGUUUUUGGCAGGACAAGGAUUGAAUGCGAGGGUUUUGGAGGAGAAAAAGAUGGGCUACUCGGUGCCAAGAGAUGAUCGAGACGGGUCAUUUACGAGAGACUCGGUGGCUGAGUCACUGAGAUUGGUGAUGGUUGAGGACGGGGGAAAGGUAUACAGGGAUAAGGUUCGAGAGGUAAAGGAAUUGUUCGUUGACAGAGAUAUGCAAGACAAGUAUGUGAAUGGGUUGCUGGAUUACUUUAAAACGCGUAAACGAAGGGCACAAGUAGCAAAGUGAAAAUAUAUAUUCACAGUGGAAGAAGGGUACUGAUACUGAUAUUAUUCUCUGCUCUGGUACUGAUACUCCCUUCGUCUCUUUUUUUUGUGUCCAGUAUUUUAUUUUGGGUUGUCCCUUAAUAAAUGUCCAUUUUGUAAAGUUAGGGGGGUAAAAGUUGGUGUAUUGUCUAUUUUGUCCUUAAAAGUAAAUUUUAUUUUGAAAAGUUUGUGAGUAAAAGUGUAAAGUUAGGGG